GUUUCUACACCUGUGUCGACACCUCUUUGGAAUCCAGUCCUUGUUGUGAAAUGCUCUCGUUCCGUUCGCCGCCAAAAAACCAAUGAGGAACCUUGCCGCUGGAGAGCACGAGGCUUGAGACAACAUCGGAUGAGCCAGACGAGUAUACGGCCCACCUGCGCCACGCGGCUGCCUCUGUUAUCAGUAGCUGUAGCGACGCGCUACCGUCACACGCACACACGCACCGUCCGACGACAGUGACCGAGCCGCGAUGGUGGCGAGUGCGCACGCGUCGCGCGACCUCGCCGCCGAAGCCCUAGAGGACGCUCUGGGGCGACUCGGGCCCUUCGGCCUCUACCAGCGAUAUGUCGCGAUAAUGCUGUGUAUCCCCAACCUGCUCGCGGCCAUGUAUACCCUUAAUUAUGUGUUCGUUGCGGACCAGGUGCCCUUUCGAUGUGUGGUCCCGGAAUGCGAAGGUAACUACACCCAGUUCCACAACCCUGCAGCACAGGCCCUCCUCCCGGCGGACUCCCGCUGCGACCGAUACUUACCACUGCAGGACGCAGGGACAGUCUCCUGUCAGCGAGAAGACUUCCAUCAGAAUGACACUAAGGCUUGCAAUCAUUUUGUAUAUGAGAGCAUGUCUACUACUUUUGCUGAGUUUAAUUUGGCGUGUCGCGAGUGGAUGCGAACCCUGGUCGGCACCGUCCGUAACGCGGCGCUGCCCCUCGCGCUCCUGCUCACAGGAUACAUCUCCGACACAUAUGGUCGCCGCACGGCUUUCUGUAUAUUCUCAGCCUUCGCGGCAGUGCUCGGCAUUGUCAAGGGCCUCUCCAUCAACUACCAGAUGUAUGUCGCCAUGGAGUUCUUUGAGGCAGCCCUCGGCUAUGGCUUUAAUAGCGCUGGAUAUGUCAUGAUGGUGGAGCUGGCUCGACCAUCGCUCCGAGCUUCGUUCGCGUGCGCCACGGGAGUCGCCUACGGUCUGGGCGGGAUGCUGUUCGCUCUUAUAGCGUGGAAGAUACAGUACUGGCGGCAUCUGCUGUACACCGUACACUCCUUCGCGCUGCUGCUGCCACUCUACUGGCUUCUGGUAGACGAGAGUCCGCGCUGGCUACACGCAAAGGGCAGAACUGAGGAAACCGUGGACAUCAUCAAGAAGGCUGCCAGGUGGAACAAGGUCCAAAUAAGUGAAGAAAUUCUCUUCAAGUUGAGCGACAAGGAUUCCAUGAAGUCAGAUUCAGACUCAACCAGCUCCAACCCUUGGCUGCGGCUCCUGAGGUCCCGCGUGCUAGUGGGACGCUUCGCGAUCUGCUCCUGGUGCUGGGUGGCGGUCGCUUUCGUCUACUACGGACUCACUAUAAACUCGGUCUCGCUCUCGGGAGAUAAGUACGCGAACUUUGCUCUGAAUAUGUCGAUGGAGAUAGUGGCGUCGCUACUGAUCAUGAUGGCGCUGGAGAGGUUCGGCCGGAAGUGGAGCAUCUUCGUCGCGUUCCUGGUCUGCGGCGUCGCUUGUGUCACACCUUACUUCACUUCGCACGCGGGCGCGGGGCUGGGGAUGUUCUUCGUGGGCAAGCUGGCGAUAACAUUCGCCUUCAACUCCAUGUACGUGUUCACGGCGGAGCUGUUCCCGACCAGCGUCCGCAGCUCCGCGCUGGCGGCCUGCUCGCUCGUGGGCAGGGUCGGCUCUAUACUGGCGCCGCAGACUCCCUUACUUAGUAUAUACAUCCAAGCUUUGUUAUACGGCGCGUUCUCGUGUCUGGCGGCGCUGGCGGUGCUGAUGGUGCCGGAGACGAGGCGGGCCAUGCUGCCGCGUGACGUCACUGACGCUGAACACAUCCGGGGCUCCUCUCCGAGCCCCGCCCCCGCGCCCGCUCCCGCCGACACCCCCCGCACCGUGGUGCUCUCCGCGGACACGUGACGCGCAGCUAACACUAACCAGCUCCGACAGAGCACGGGCACGCCGCCGCCCACACUCCACCUGCUGAGUGACGGGAUCCUUCGAUCUGUGCAGAGAUGGAGCACGCCGUGUCUGUGUUUGUAGUAGUUUGUACCGAUGACACAAAUAGCAACAAACACGUUUCCGUUCACUUUUUGAGUUCGAUUUUUUAUCAUCAAUCGUAUACAACAAACAACUAACUUUCAACUCUCAAGUUUUUUUUGACAAAUUGGUUGGUUGGUUUGUUUUAACGUCCGGUUUUGGCAAAUUUAUGAAACCAAGGAACAAGUCAUAUAAAGCAUUGUCAAGGGCCGCAUCUCUACUUGCAAAAGUUACAACCAGGUGGUGUUACUAUAAUUCCGUGUCUAUGGCACGUGUGUCCGAAAAGGAUCUUAGACUGAUGUACAAUAUGCACUUGGACUAACACAUCACGUAUUUGCAUUCUACAGUUAAACCUAUACAAUUCACACGCUCGUAAUACUACCUUCCCCUCUCCCUUCACUAAAAUUUAGGACAGCUAGCUCAUGGCCCACCUCAAUACAUGAGGUCCAAGUUUCAAUUGCAUUGUGUCGGGACAGCGCGCUUACACAGCGCCCUGCCACCAGUACCUAUAUCUCAAGGGGUGGAAGGUUAUUUGGUUUAAACAAUAUUUUAGCCAUAUAAAUUUUAAAUUUGGAAAAAAUAUCAUAACAAAAAAGUUAUUCAGCUAUUGGAAUGAGGUAACUUAAUAGAAAUUCAAUUAAAAACAUCGAAUUGUUGAUACUAAUAUCAAAUAAAACAGAUUUUAAAUUGCAAGGAUAAAUACACGUAAUAAAGCGAAAUGUCGCUUAAACCAAAUGGCCCUUCACCCCUCGAUAUGUAUUAAUUUUGAAUUACCUUACAAAUACCUGAGGCAAGUGAGUUCACUGUCACGUACACGUUUAGCCAAGCUGCUUGAUAUUAUGCAUAUAAAUAUUAUAAUAAUAUAAAAUUGUACAUUUUCAUUUGUGCGCUACUCAGUACCGCUCGAGUAAGAACGCUCACGGUCUAUCGCUGACGUAAAACGCAACAGUAGCAGCGUGCGGCAAGCCGCUCGACGGCCGGCGGGCGCUACGUGCGCUACACGCGCUACGAGCUCUACCUGCACUACGGACAGCCCGGGUCAGGCGGACACAAUGACAUAACGCAGCCUGUGAUAUUGUACUUAAUAUUUUAUAAGAUCAAAUAAACUAAAUCAUAUUUUUGACAAA